AUGUCACUAGCCAACAAGAAUGAUUCCACCAUGGCUAUAAUCCAAGCUAGCGCUUUCUACGAUAACAACAAUUUCGGAGGCGGCCCGAUAAUAAAUUCCUCGCCCGAGGAUAACAACAACAACCACAUGUAUGGCGGGACGCGUGCUUACCUUGAGCCUGAGAGCCCGGAAAAGCCCGGCCACAACUUCGCCAAGAACUUCACCAUGAGCAACUCCUCCUCCGUUUCGAGCCCGAGCAGCACAAACUCCAACGGACUAGGUUAUAAUCAGGCCGCCGCACCUAAUAAUAAUAAUAAUUACAAUCUAUCCGAGGAGGGCAAUUCCGUAAUUAGCUUCAAGCCCGAUUACGGAAGUUUUAGUGGCUCUUUGCUUAGCUUCGAUCAUACGAAGCGGGCUCGUAGAAAUUUGUACCCUAGGCUGAUCGGAGAGGAAGAUGAGUACCCGUUGUGGGAGGAAGAUUUGCACCACCACCCGAGUAGCUAUCAGAGUCAGCUGAUCGAUCCUAAGUGUGCCGGUGCCGCCGGCCAUGGCUUGCCGGAAACUUCCGGCAGCCACCACGAUGCCGCCGCCGGAAACUUCCAGCAGAUGGCGUGGCUGAAUGAUGAAGAGGAGACACAAUCACUAAUGUAUUUUGGAGAUGGUCUUGAAUACGGAGAGAAUGUGCAAGCUAUGAAGAAGCAAUGUGUUGGUUCGAGCAGUGAUUCGAAGAAGCCGAAUCGAAGGGAACGAAUCAGCGAACGGCUAAAGAUAUUACAAGAACUCGUCCCGAAUGGUUCCAAGGUUGAUUUGGUUACAAUGCUAGAAAAAGCAAUCAGCUAUGUCAAGUUCCUUCAGCUGCAAGUGAAGGUUUUAGCUGCUGAUGAAUUUUGGCCAGCACAAGGUGGAAAAGCACCUGAUCUUUCUCAAGUUAGAGAAGCCAUUGAUGCAAUUCUUGCUUCUCAAAGAGAUACAAACUCCAGCUGCAAAUGA